CCCGCCCGCGCGCCGGUGCCACUCCCUCUCUCCUUGGCUGUCCCAGACACAUCUUCCACUGGCGUCCACCGCGAGGGACAUGGCGAGGCUCAGCUGGGGAUACGGCGAGCACAACGGUCCUAUUCAUUGGAAUAAAUUUUUCCCCAUUGCUGAUGGUGAUCAGCAAUCUCCAAUUGAGAUUAAAACCAAAGAAGUGAAGUAUGAUUCCUCGCUUCGACCUCUGAGUAUCAAGUAUGACCCCACCUCAGCUAAAAUCAUCAGCAAUAGUGGUCAUUCCUUCAACGUUGACUUUGAUGACACGGAGGACAAAUCAGUUCUGCGUGGGGGUCCUCUCACUGGAAACUAUAGGUUACGACAGUUCCAUCUUCACUGGGGGUCCAAUGAUGAUCAUGGCUCGGAGCAUGUGGUGGACGGCAUGAGGUAUGCUGCAGAGCUUCAUGUUGUCCACUGGAAUUCAGACAAAUACCCCAGCUUUGUAGAGGCAGCCCAUGCGCCAGAUGGACUAGCUGUCCUGGGAGUGUUUUUAAAGACUGGUGAACACAACCCUCAGCUUCAAAAGGUUACUGACAUUUUGGAUUCUAUUAAAGAAAAGGGUAAGCAAACUCGAUUCACAAAUUUUGACCCAUUAUCUCUACUUCCAUCCUCCUGGGACUACUGGACAUAUCCUGGUUCUCUGACAGUUCCACCUCUUCUUGAAAGCGUCACAUGGAUUGUUUUAAAACAACCAAUAAACAUCAGCUCUCAACAGCUGGCCAAAUUCCGAAGCCUUCAGUGCAGCAGGGAGGGUGAAGCAGCCGCCUUUCUGUUGAGCAAUCACCGUCCACCACAGCCCCUGAAGGGCCGCAGAGUGAGAGCCUCUUUCCAUUGACUGUGGGUGCCAGCGGGUUGCUGCAGAAAUGGCUGUGGAAAGGCAGCAAACAAAACACAACACAAAAAGCCCUAUUAACUCUUCUUUCCUAGGUUUGUAAUGAUGGAUGCCACUUUACUCUUUGCAUCACAAGGCAAAUCAGAUGUCUUUUAAGUAAACCAAACUAGUUCAUCUGUCCCAGAUUUGCCCCCAUGGACAUGCAGGUGUUCAACAGUAUUUGAAGUUUAUUAAAACAAUACAU